AUGUGCAGGAUAAAAAAGAUGCCAAGUUCCUGUGCUCCUUCCUUCCGGCACAGGCAGGAGGGGGAGAGGAGCUGCCCUUGGGCAGAGCCAGAGCUGCUCCUCUCCAGGCUCCUCUCCUGUUUGCUCAGCUCCAUGGAGAAGCUCCUGCACCUCACCUUGCUCUUCCUGGCAGCCCCCUGCUCCGCACAGAACGUCACCCUGGUGGCCGCCGCGGAGGGCGACACCAUUUCCAUCAACUGCUCCUACGACGCGCGGCAGUGGUGGCGGGGCAAGCGCUGGUGCCGGCAGCUGGAGCGGGGCGGGUGCCAGGCGGUGCUGAGCGCCCCUCCCGCCUGGCUGCCCUUCCCCCGGAGCAGGAGAGGCACCACCAGCCUCCGGGACGACCCCCGCGCCGGGCUGCUGACCGUCACCGUGCGCCAGCUGCGCCGGGAGGACGCGGGGCUGUACCGCUGCGAGAGCGACUUCCUGGGGGACGCCCGCAGCCUCAGGGAGGUGCGGCUGCAGGUGCUGGCAGCAGCUGACCUGGUGACCCACGCGCCAGAGGAGCCCAGAGCAGUGCAGAGCAUCUCCAGGUCCGCUCCUGAUGUGGAUUUCACUGUUUUCUACGUCCUCGCUGGAUUCCUGGUGGCCAAGUUCACGGUGGCUGUGCUGGUUUGUGCUGUGGCCCACAGCAGGAGGAACAGGGAGACAGAGCAGAAGCCAGGUCUGGGUGAGCAGCAGGUGCUCCCAGUCCCUGCUGACCCUGGACACGAUGGAAUUGGCCUCUCCUGGGAGAGCUCUGCAUGAGCCAAGCCAAAGGGAAUCCAUGGAAGAGGAAAAUCAGGCGUUGCCACCUGCCAUAAGAAAAGGAUCGCUACUAAACACGGGUCUGGAAGAACCUGUCACUCUGGAGAGGGAACAUCCCCAUCUUCCUCAGGCAGUUAUUCCAGACAUCAUUCCCAGGACCGUUCCAGCACAGCCUGAACUGACACCCAUCAGCUUCCUGGCACCUCAGGGCACAGCCAGGUGACAUUCUGUCUUUCCAAGGUGAGGGAGAGCAGCUCCCAAAAGCUGCUUUGGACAGUGGGGAUGCUUGAAGGAAGCCCCUGACAGGGGUAAGGAAGUGCAGGACGCCCCAGGAAAGGGAUGUGGAUUCCUCACGGCUCUGAGCCAGCUUCUCCUCUCUGAGGGCACUUUGUGAGCACAGGAGUUCUCUCUGUUGUUCUCCCUGUGUUUCCUCUGCCAUGUGAUGGUUGCUCAUCCCUCCCCAUGGUGAGGCUGCGCUCAGCCCUCCCAGCCUCCAAACUCACAUUUCUGUUUCCCCUGCAAAACUAAAUAAAAUCCAGCUGAUUCUCUGGCUUGGUGUGGAUUCCUGCAGGACACCAGGUCACGGUCGUGUCCCAGGGCAGAGGUGAUGCUUGGAGCACCCUGGAGUGUUUAGAACAUCCAGGGACAUCCAGGAGCAGCAGAGCCCAACCUCUCAUUGCCCACGGAAGCAAUGACUGAAAAGUGCUUAUUUAAUUACACUUUUGGGUUCUCACUUUUAGAGGAGUUCUGUGUUUUGUCCCGAAAUUGAAGUUCAUGGUGGGACAUCUGGCAACCUUUGUCCUUCUAAGGCCUUUCCCUCCCACCACUGUGAGGUUCUCAGUCUUAAAUUCAGCAACUUUUGGGGAAGAAAAUCUGUGUUUGUUGCUCUCUCCUGGUCCAGACAGGGGAGCUGCUGUAUGACUGCAUCCACAGAGAGGAAUUUGCCAUCUGAAAUAAAGUAUCUCCAAGGAAAUAAAAAGAAAUUGAUUAAUAAUUUACUGAUUACCAUCAAAAACAAUGAAUUUGGUAGGAUUGUAUUAAUCAAAACCAAAUGGGUUUGGGACAGAAAUAUUUCUGGGGCUGGUUCUGUCUUUCCCUUCCUCUGUUCCUCUGUGCUGACGUUGGCUCUGUUCCUGUCCUGGGUGACCUGGACACACCAUGGGGUUGUUUUUUCCUGUCUUCCCCCCUGAUGAAUCACAACUUGAGG